CUCUCACCAUUUAUUUUCAACCUUGAUUCUUUUUUAAACAUCUUGCAUUAUUUUUUAAAGACAUUUUGCAUCUUGCUUAAUUAAAGUUCCUUUCACUUCAAGGAGACAAGCCGAGAUAAUUUUUAUCCAGUGGAGGAAUGAUGUAGCUCCUUCCUGAUCUUUUCUUAUACUUCCAGGUCUCCCCUUGCUGUCUGCCGCACAUCUGGAGUGCUAUAAUGGGAAGGAAUGGGAAAACGUGGAGGUUUUGCCUGACUUGUUGCUUCUGCCUAGAAGAGCGUCCCUUAGAAACAAGAAAAUGCUCCAGGUGGUGAUUGACUCCUAGGAACAAGACUCCUUGUAGGAAAAAAAUGGACGAAAGCAGCUCAGGGGACUCAAAGGCGUGCUUCCCGUGAUCUAGCCCAGGGAGCCCUUGGGCCCGGCUCUGGCCUUCUGGGAUGUCUCCAGGUCUGCACGCAUGGCCGAUUGCUGAGUGAUGAUGGUUCGUCGGGGGCUGCUAGCGUGGAUCUCGCGGGUGGUGGUGUUAUUCGUGCUCCUUUGCUGUGUGGUCUCUGUGCUCUAUAUGUUAGCCUGCACUCCGAAAGGCGAUGAGGACCAGCUGGGGCUGCCGCGGGCCAAUGGCCCCACAGGGAAGGAGGGAUACCAGGCUGUCCUGCAGGAAUGGGAGGAACAGCACCGCAACUACAUCAGCAGCCUCAAGAGGCAGAUCGCACAGCUCAAGGAGGAGCUGCAGGAGAGGAGCUCACAGCUCAAGAACACACAGCACCACACGGGCGAUGCCACGGGCCUCGACCCAGGACCCCCCGAGAAGACCCAGGCCGACCUCCUGGCCUUCCUGCACUCCCAAGUGGACAGAGCGGAGGUGCACGCCGGCGUCAAGCUGGCCACGGAGUAUGCCGCCGUGCCUUUCGACAGCUUCACCCUGCAGAAAGUGUACCAGCUGGAGACGGGCCUGACCCGUCACCCCGAGGAGAAACCUGUGAGGAAAGACAAGAGGGACGAGUUGGUGGAAGCUAUUGAGUCAGCUUUGGAGACCCUGAACAACCCUGCAGAGAGCAGCCCCAAUCAGCGGCCUUACACCGCCUCGGACUUCAUAGAAGGGAUCUACCGAACAGAAAAGGAUAAAGGCACUCUGUAUGAGCUCACGUUCAGAGGGGACCACAAGCACGAAUUCAGACGACUUGUCUUGUUUCGGCCCUUUGGCCCUAUUGUGAAAGUGAAAAAGGAAAAACUCAGCAUGGCCAACACGCUUAUCAAUGUUAUCGUCCCCCUGGCAAAGAGGGUGGACAAGUUCCGGCAGUUCAUGCAGAACUUCAGGGAGAUGUGCAUCCAACAGGAUGGGAGAAUUCAUCUCACCGUUGUUUACUUUGGCAAAGAAGAAAUGAAUGAGGUCAAAGGAAUUCUUGAAAACACUUCCAAAGCUGCCAACUUCAGGAACUUUACCUUCAUCCAACUGAAUGGAGAAUUUUCUCGAGGAAAGGGACUUGAUGUCGGAGCCCGCUUCUGGAAGGGAAGCAACGUCCUUCUUUUUUUCUGUGAUGUUGACAUCUACUUCACCUCCGAAUUCCUCAAUACAUGUAGGCUGAACACACAGCCAGGGAAGAAGGUAUUUUACCCCGUCCUUUUCAGUCAGUACAACCCUGGCAUAAUCUACGGCCACCACGACGCGGUCCCUCCCUUAGAACAGCAGCUGGUCAUAAAGAAAGAAACUGGAUUUUGGAGGGACUUUGGCUUUGGGAUGACAUGCCAGUACCGCUCAGAUUUCAUCAACAUAGGUGGGUUUGACUUGGACAUCAAAGGCUGGGGUGGUGAGGACGUGCACCUCUAUCGCAAGUACCUGCACAGCAACCUCAUAGUGGUGCGCACGCCCGUGCGGGGGCUCUUCCACCUGUGGCAUGAGAAGCGCUGCGUGGACGAGCUGACGCCCGAGCAGUACAGGAUGUGCAUGCAGUCAAAGGCCAUGAACGAGGCGUCCCACGGGCAGCUGGGCAUGCUGGUGUUCAGGCACGAGAUAGAGGCGCACCUUCGCAAGCAGAAGCAGAAGACAAGUAGCAAAAAGACAUGAACUCCCAGCAGUUUGGGGAGAUGUUUUUAUUUGUUCCCUUCUGUGAUAGCCACAGAGGCUGCAAUAAGGAAACGAUUUCCAUAAAGGGCAAAACAAAGAAUCGGACUAAUUAAUCGAAGAGAGGAGAGGAGAGGGAUCCAGCCUCUCUGCCCAUUUGGCUUUGUGCAACAGGAAUUAAAAUCUCCCACUUGCCUGCAAAAGCAGCCCAAAUGCUCCCCUUGCAGUGUCUGUCAAAGCAGAAUGAUUGUGAGAUGAUAAGCCUAAUGGCCUGGAGGUUUUAUAUGGUGUUUACAGCAAAGAGAGAUCUGGUGUUUCCUAUGCUCAUUGAAAUGGUCAUGAUUUAAGACCAGUUUUGUAAAAAGUUCAUUAGAACGAUGCGCAGGCACAUUUCUCCUGUAUGAAUGAUUGGAGCAGUCGGGCUGUGGUGUAGGGAUGCGAAAAUCUCAGAAGGCGGGCCCAGAGACCGUGAGAGGCAAAGGAACGCGCGUGGCCACCCCUUCGAGUAUUUUAGACAAAGCCAAAUGGAUUAAAACAACAACAAAAGAGACCAUAACCAUUAUGUCACUCCUUCCUGCCAAGAUUAACCAAAAAUAAUCUGCUCACCUUUUUGGUUAUAGUUUUGUCAUCUUCAUAUCUUUAUUUUAAAGCGCACUAUUUCUCUCUGCUUUCGAGUUAUAUUUUGCUUAUUUAAUUACCAAUUUGCAAGCCUUACUGAGAGCACAAGUUAGCAAACAUUUUUAUAUUUUUUUUAAAAAAUGUUUUUACACAUAUUGCGAGAACUCUCCAUUCAGGGUGUCAGAUACCCGUGUCCAGGGGCGCGCGGGGUCACCUCUGCAGCUCUGCUUGUCAGACCCUCGGUCACCCUCGAAGGCCUGAAGUGGGAUGACUGACAGAUCAAGACAUAGACAUACUUCAUCUGAAGAGCAUUUCUAACAAGGAGCAACUGAACAUUGGAGGGAAAGAAAAUAGGCUUUUCCUUCCAGAGAAGGAAACUCUUUGUGACCAGUGAUACCUUGAUUUUUUUCAAAAGUCAAGAGAACACAGUUUCUCCACAGGAGCACGGGGGACCACUUUCUUACCUGUUUGUUUAAAUAAACCAAAGUGUACUGUGUGAACCAAACAGUCUUUUUAAAAGCAGGGUGCUCUUCCUGGCUUCCGAUUUCUAUGAAAGGAAAUGGAGGAAGAGGUAUUUCUGAAGCAUCACUCUACCUGCCAGAGGCCUGGGGCCAGAGAAUGGGACAAGGAACUUAAUUGUUUUUAAGCUAAGCAGUUCAACUCAGUCACUGAGAUGCUUCUAAAAUAUGCAUUUUAUUACAGGUUUCAACAACUUUCCAAGAAUACAGUUCAUAGUGAGUGGUUUCUACAUUCAUGUGAGAAUUAUUUAUUUUUUAGCCAGCACCAGAUGCAUGAGCUAAUUCUCCCUCUGACUCCUUGCCCUCUAUUUGCCCACAGUCAACUCAUUGUUUAAAAGCUUCAAGAACAUCCAAGCUGUUGGUGUGUCAAAAAAUACAUUGUAUAGAUUUGUACUGAUAGCUCAUAAAAUCGAAUUAAAACACGGGCUAUAAAUGGAAAGUGGCAAUGACAGCUAAUAAAAUAUGAU